GGUGGUGGGUAGGGAAUUACGGGGAACGCGCUUUUAGGCGAGCGUCCGUAGUAGUCGUGUCCGAGCCGCGAGAGGAAGCGGGCCUCCGCGUCCGCACGAGAGAUACCAAGAUUUUUCGUUUCGUUUUCGAUGCGCGAGCGACGAAAACGCACGCUCCUUCCGCGCGACGUUCCCUUAACGAGUGCCGUAAAAAGUCCACGGGUCCGGGAAAGCCCCGCUAGUUUUCGCCCCGGGUCUCCGCUCGCUCGGCGGGCUCCGCCUGCCAGUCACGAGCACGUGUGUGCGGUGCGUGAGUGCAACGACGGCGGCGGUCGUCGUCUGUUGUAAAGCGAGCGCUCGCUCGGAAUGUCAAUGGUGCGUACGUAAAAAGGAGGACCGGACUUGUUUGUGUGUAUUUGUACGUGUGUCAUAUAUAUCGUCGCCGGGCAGUGACAGAUCGACCACGGCGUGGGGAGAGUCGAGUUUAUACACAGGGAGGCCUACUAAUCAUCUGAUCCCGAUCGAAAGAAUACAGCGUGGAUAUCUCGCGUGCAUCCAGGUUCAUGGCGUGUUAGUAACUGACGGAGGAACAAAGUGUUGUUCGCCGGGUCGGGUUUACGAGAGAACGACGGGCGAGCGAUAGAAGCGUAGAGGGAUCACGCACGCCGAUCAUACGCACGCACGCACGCACGCACGCACGAACAAACGAUCGCACGCACGUACGCAAGCACGCACGCAUGAAGGUCCCAUGGCUACCGGAUUGGUAAAGUGGUGGCGAGCAAGGUUCCUCGCCGGCUACAGACCCUUUUCUGUUGUGGGAACUAACACGGAAGGUAGCGAUUCCGAGGAAUUGCUGACGGGAGUCCCAACGACCUGCAACGUCUCGUCACCGCCGACGACGGAGUCGCAACCGACUUUAAUUUCCCCCGCGGAGCCGCCGCAGGUAGCGGUUGAUGGCCCGAGCGUACCUGCAGCAGGACCUACCGGUAAUGACGAACAGCCUACUUGCGGUACAACGAAACAGCUUAGUUUCGAGGAAUUCGAAUGCGACGUGUCGGUCGCGGAAGGUGACAGGAGGCGGCAGGAGUUCUCCUUCACCCUGUACGACUUCGACGGCCACGGGAAGAUCACGAAGGACGACAUAGCCGGCCUGGUGACCACCAUCUACGAUACGCUGGGCGCCUCGAUUCAAGUACCGCCGUGCGGCAGUAAGACGAUCAAGGUGAAGCUGACGGUGUCGCCGGAUCAGCGGACCAGCAGCAGCAGCAGCCAGACGCCCCGCAAUCCCGCCGCCGGCGCUUGUCUCGCAAAUGCCACGCAAACGUCGCAGACGACGACGUUGCCCGGUGGCCAACAGCAGCACGCCUCGACGUCCUGUUGCCAUUUGAAGCACGCCAUCCCGUGCAGCCAUGCAACCGCCGCCGCGACGCGUGUCACCGCCCGGCAUUGCGCGAGCAGAGUUCCUAGAAGGAGGAGAGCGACGCGGUAUCGUUGUCAGACUGAGCGAAAAGAAGUGGAGACUCACAGCGAGGACGAGGACGAUAAUACCCGUGCAAAUCGAGUGCAGCAGGAAGAGCUGCGCAGAAGAGUCGGUCCGGUGCCCCAUUUACCAUCCCCCUAUUCAAACAGCUCGGAGGGUGAUGUGAGCGACGAUAGUGACACUUCCCCCGCGUUCUCACCAUUAACGCCUCUUCUUACGACGAAUCAGAGGAAACGCAGUGGUGCUCUGCAAAGACAACAAUUAUUAGAGAUUAUUCAGGCUAACAUGGAAAAAAAUAAUCUCAGUUUUCACACAUCAAGGAAACGGCAUCAAAACGAGCAACCGCGCAUUCCAUCUCAUAGUCCCCAUCUAGGAACCUCGAAUCACAAUAACCAAGACUGUCAAGCAUCUGCGGAGCCUCGUCAAGCGACUACCAACUAUCACAAACCGAUCCGGGAAAGCACAACAACUCAUCAUUCCGCGUCGUUUCCCAAAACAUCGGCGAAAUCGCGGACGGCGAAUCUGAGGAAAACGCGGCACACGACACCGAGGAAUAACGCGGUACAUUCCUCCUCCCAGACGACGUACCAGCCGAUGCUGAAUCGUAACGUCGCACCGACGACAAUAGUCUACAACGAUACGCCGCAACACACGACUGCCAGCAACACAACCCACCGCAACAUCGUUAAUCUCGUGCCCAACAACAACCAGCAAACUGCCAAUCAUCAGACAAUUACCAAUAAUCACAACAAUUUACAGCGCAACGAUGCACAGUUCGUUCCUUCGCAACAAUGCGGUAGAUCCAAGAAGCAUCAGCUGAAGCAUGCAACGCGAGAGCAGGACCAGGCCCGUGCGAUGGCACAGGUCGUGCGUUGGCUUGAACGCGAAUUCUCGCAGAACGCGGUAGCGGCCACGUCCAGCCGUAGACAUGUUCACGAGCAUAUACACCAUCACUAUCAUCACUAUCACGCCGAGGCUCUGGUCUAAUUGGCGAUCGCGUAGUCUUUUUCUUUUUUAAACGUCUCAGAUUUUUGGAAAAGCUUACAAUAUGAUCGAAUAUAUUUUAGGAGAGAAAUUUAAUUUGCAUUUAUCUUGCUGUUAUUUUGAUAUCGUGGAGAUAAUUUAAUAUUUUUCAAACAGCGUCGUAAGAUGCGUUUUAUUUUGGAGCUCUUAUAUAUAUUGUCCGCUAUAUAAAUUAUUUAAAAAUAUCGUAUGCGUCCUCGGUAUAUAAAUUAUUCAUUGAAUCUCCAGUUCGUUUUCUUGUACAAGACAAACUGUGUAAUUUGUAUAUGUAUAUCGCAUCGUUCGAUUAUAUAUAUUCCUAGUGUUCAUACGCGAAUAAUGGUGAUGCGUCAUCACGUAUUUUUAUUUUAAUAUAAACGACUGAGUUCCCCCCUCCCCCAGUAUUUUAUCGAAAAAUACGGCAUAUUUGCGAUGUUCUUCGAUAUUGCCUUUGUUAUGUAAAUUUAUAAGCAUCCUCUAGACAAGAUGAGAGAUUUCUUUAUACUUUUCUAUAUUGUAAAUAGCAAAUGAUGAUGCAGUUUGUUUAAAAUUAUUGGGAAGGACGUGUGUAAAUUAAAUGUACUAUUUGCGCGAGUUUUUCCUUGAGCAAAGAUAUAGUUACUAUAAAAAAAUCUCAGGCUUACAAUUUAUCUACGACGAAACAAAUGCAUUUCAGGAUUUAGAAACGAUACACACGUGGAAUAUUUCGCAUGUGUUGUAGGAGUGAAAAUUACAUUUUUACUCGAAAAAGAAAAAUGCAGACGUUCCUUUUCACACUCGAACUGACGGUAAACUACGGCUACCCAUCGUUGUACAUAAAAAGUAUCCCAAAGAGAAUCCCUCCUUCAGUAUACAUACGUUACGAUUAAGAGAAACAAACGGUCUAAAGUCGUAACGAUUAUAAAAAAAAAAAAAA